AUGGCAGCUUCACCUGUCACAGCAGCCUUUAUCUGUCACGGCAGUCUUCAUCGGUCACGGCAGCCUUCACUGUCACAGCAGCCUUUAUCUGUCAUGGCAGAAUUCACCGGUCAUGGCAGCCUUCAUCGGUCAGCCUUCACUGUCACGGAUGCUUCACCUGUCACGGCAGCCUUCACUGUCAUGGCAGCUUCACCUGUCACGGUAGCCUUCACCUGUCACAGCAGCCUUUAUCUGUCACGGCAGUCUUCAUCGGUCACGGCAGCCUUCACUGUCACAGCAGCCUUUAUCUGUCAUGGCAGAAUUCACCGGUCAUGGCAGCCUUCAUCGGUCACGGCAGCCUUCACUGUCACGGAUGCUUCACCUGUCACGGCAGCCUUCACUGUCAUGGCAGCUUCACCUGUCACGGUAGCCUUCACCUGUCACAGCAGCCUUUAUCUGUCACGGCAGUCUUCAUCGGUCACGGCAGCCUUCACUGUCACAGCAGCCUUUAUCUGUCAUGGCAGAAUUCACCGGUCGUGGCAGCCUUCACCGGUCACGGCAGCCUUCACUGUCAUGGAUGCUUCACCUGUCACGGCAGCCUUCACUGUCAUGGCAGCUUCACCUGUCAUGGCAGCCUUCACCUGUCACAGCAGCCUUUAUCUGUCACGGCAGUCUUCAUCGGUCACGGCAGCCUUCACUGGUCAUGGCAGCCUUCACUGUUAUGGCAGCCUUCACUGUUAUGGCAGCCUUCACAUGUCAUGGCAGCCUUAA